UUCAUGGCAAGAAAGAAGGCCAGUCGGGUCAGACGAUUUUGCAGAGAGGGAAAAAGCGAGAAAAGCUCUGAACCUACGAACUUGUUAUCUAUUUCUUUUUUUUCUUUUUUCGUCUUGGUUGUCUUCUUCCAUUUCUGAGUUUUGUGGGAGUUGUUGAAAGUUUUCUUUUUCUUUGUUUCUGUGAAGCGGAUCCAUUUCUGUGAGGGGAAACAUGGCAGAUGCGUUGAGCCAAACAAGUUUGUUUUCAGCUUGUAACCAUGAUAAGCUUCAUCAUAAUCAUCAAAAUCAACGCAGUAGCCUUCAUGUUUUCCCAAAAGGCCGUGUUUAUUUUCGUUGUAAGAGCUUCCCUUCAACGAAAUUGAAAUCCCAGACACUGAGCGGUGAUUUCCAUGGAGAAAGAAUCGUUUCCGGAGAUAAUGAUAGUAAUAAUAACACAGGCAUGUCCAGGAGAGAGAAAUCUCAAUUCUCGAUUAAAGCACAGACUAGACUUGGAAUUGGGAACUCUCAAAAAUGGUGGCAAAAGGGGUUACAAGCAAACAUGAAAGAGGUGAAAUCUGCACAGGACCUUGUUGAUUCCCUUUUGAAUGCUGGGGACAAACUUGUCGUUGUUGAUUUCUUCUCCCCUGGUUGUGGUGGCUGCAAAGCUCUUCAUCCCAAGAUAUCUCAAUUUGCAGAGAUGAACCCAGAAGUGCUCUUUCUUCAAGUGAAUUAUGAGGAGCAUAAAUCGAUGUGCUAUAGCCUUGGUGUUCACGUGCUUCCUUUCUUCCGAUUUUAUAGAGGCGCCCAUGGUCGCUUAUGUAGCUUCAGCUGUACCAAUGCCACGAUAAAGAAAUUCAAGGAUGCACUUGCCAAGCACACUCCGGACAGGUGCAGCCUUGGGCCAACAAAGGGCCUGGAAGAGAAAGAGCUGCUGGCACUGGCUGCAAACAGAGAGCUUUCCUUCAACUACACACCAAAACCAGUCCAACCGGAGAUUAUCCCUGCACAAAAACAGAUAGUACCAGAAACAUCUCCAUCACAUUCAAACUCCAGUCUCCCUCUUCCUAUGACAGACCUGAAACGAGCCCUAAAGUCAGAGGAGAAACCCUUGGUUUCCUCUGGGAGAUGAUGUGGUUAUUUUUUUUGCCAAUCCAUUUAUCUUCCCAGGACCCCCCUUGUACAGUCAUGUAAGAAAUAUGGGUGUUUGUAGUUUGUGUGAAGUUUUGGGAAGUGGAUGAGCUAGACGAAGUGAAGCUAUGGAAAUCUCAUAUAUACACAUACAUAUAUAUAUAUAUAUAUGUGGUUAAGCUAUAAUAAAUAUAUUACAAGUAUCUACAUGAAGUUGCAGGGUGCAGGCUUGUGGGUUUUAGUUUUUUUGAAUCCUGGCCUGCUGGCUAGUCUCUAUGUAGAGCAAGCAACCUGGGUUUGUGGGCUGCUAUUUGAGAUGAGAAAAAUAUGAAUAUAUUAUCUCCAAAGACAUUGUAGUUUCUGUCUGUAUGAUUUUGUUGCUGGGAAUGAAAUAUGAAUGAUAUAUUAGUACUGGAA